GUAUGUGUGCGUGCGUUCGCAUUUUCAGAUUGCAGGUGCCUGGGGAACCUGUAACCCAGAACAACAGAGCAAGAGGCAAGGGCCUGGGUCUCCUCCCACAUCGGGGCCCAGAAAAAGGGCUGGAGACUUGAGCUUCACUUCCAGCUCCCACAGGCUCUGUUCCAGCAGCACCUCGGCUUCUCCAGUACCUCCGCGCUUGCCUUCCCUCCUCCCUUAGCAACCGGGAGGCUGUGGAUACCGCCUGCCAGUGGGGGCCGGGAAGGCCACCGAGAGCCCGAGCGCCCAGGCGCCGCGGCGGCCCAGCCCAGCAGCCAGGCGCACGGGCGGCCGCAGUGCGGAGUCCCCCCGGCGAAGAGAGCGCCUGUUGCGGCGCCAGCGCCCACGGGGCCCCAAGCACCCAGCCUCCGCACCUGCCGUGGGGGCCCAAAGAGGUCCUGCAAAAAUGAGCCAUUCUCACUCCGCUGGGUUGCUUGCAGCAUAUAACAGUCUUACUGAUAAACACCUGGCUGGAUAUUUCAACAAUGCAAGGAUGAGGCGUCAUCUCUUAAGAUCAGGGCUGAUCUCAAGAAAUGGAAGAAUACUUUCUGAAAAAGAAUACAAGCUAAAUAUCAUGAGCCAGGAUCACCAAAAGUAUAUCCGGGAGUGCUUAGCCCAGGCUAUAUUCCAUAAGGUGCUCGACAUGGAGCGUUACCAUCAGCUUGAAAUAAAAAAGAAGCUGGAGACCUUAGCUAGAAAGGAGAGAAUUCCGAGAUUUAAGGGAGAACCCACACGAUGGUCUAUAGAAAGUAAUAUCCCAAUUCUAUCUCCCCGGCCCCCACUUGGCCCAAAGGCUAACCGUGGCCAUGGUGUUCUGGUUGAUGGAGGACAUACCAGUCCAGUAACUCUGACAGCCCCUCGACCAUACACUGCUCCAGGAAAUAUGCAACCUCCAAUUCGGUUACAGCCUCUUCCCAGAAGUCCUGCAGUAGGCACUGUUCCAAAGAUAACUUCGGGGUCCAGAUCAAAAACCUCAUUGCUGGAAAAUAAUGCACCAUUUCCCAUUGGGGGCAAGAAAGCUGUGAGGAAGUUCAGGAACUUCAUGGACAAUUCACAGGGAAUGAAUCAGCAUCAGCUUCUGAACAUUACCAGUCACCUGAAGCCCAUUCCUCCUCCACCUCCUCCCCCCCGUGGAAGAGGCGCAGGGGAAAACAGACCUGAACCGUGGAGAAGGAGAAGAUUUCGUCCAAUCACUGCUCCAAAUGGCUUAGAACCUCUCUUUACCAGGGACUUAAGAAGGAUCCCUAAAACACCAUUGCACAGUAAUGCAGCUAUUACAAUGAUCUACUUGGGAAAAAAUGUGCACCUAUCGUAUGAUCACACAGACUUCCGGGAUGAAAUAAAAGUUUAUCAACAACACUGUGGUGGGGAAAACCUUUGUGUCUACAAAGGCAAACUACUUGAAAAAGAGACCUUUCAGUUUAUUUCCAAAAGGCACCAUGGUUUCCCCUUCAGUCUCACCUUUUUCCUGAAUGGGAUGCAGGUGAACAGGUUAAGUUCCUGCUGUGAAUAUAAGCAUCGAAAAGGUUCCAGACUUGGAGGCAAACGAGGCUACUUUGGGCUUGUGUGUGUCGAGAGAUCAUCUCCUUGCUACAAGUGCAUUAUUGCAAUGGGCCUUGACAAAAAACUAGCUUCACCAAAACUGAAGAAAGAAAAGAGUAUUGAGAAAAGAGAGGAACUGAAGAAGGGUGAGGGGAAGCUGAGGAAGACCAGAAAGCACAUAAUACUGAAACAGAAUGACCUGGAGGGGAGCAAAGCCUCUGCUUCAGUCAUGUUUUCAGCUCAAGAAGAAAACACAGGGGUGGAGGAAGUGAGAACAGCUGUGGAGGAGAUGGAACGUACAGGACAACCCCGACUAGAUGUCUGGGAAGAUGACCACCAAAAUAUGCUUAAAUAUGAAUACGAAGAAGAUUUUGAAGUAGAUGAGGAGAAACAAGAUGAGAAAGCUCAUGAACGAGGACAGGCUGGUGAUCACGUGAAUGGAAUGUCAAAGUCACCCUCAGAUGGCGAAAAAGAUAACUUAGACCCUGAAAAGAAGAGUGAAAUCUUGUGGCAGAAGGCAUCAGAUGCUGAUUACAAUGUGAAAGAUGAAGAUGACGGACGUUCUGAUAGUGAAUCAGAUGAGGAUGAACAAGAUAUAAAGACUGCCUCCUCAGUCUCAUCCAGAAGUCGCUCAUGUUCUAGCUGCAGUGAAGAUGAGUCUGCAUUGGGAGACAGGGACGUCCACUCUGAAAACAGUCCAGAUGCCAGAAGUUCAUCUUUUCAGGAGUUGAAUGAAAAUGAUGAGCCAGGAAAAUCCCACCUUCCAAUUAAGGAUUCCCUAGAAACUGUAAUUGAAGACCAAAAACUGGUAAAAGCAGAUGUGGAUUCCAAGCCUCUACCUAUAGAAGAAAGCUUGGAGAAUGUUCUUGAGGAAGAAAUCAAGAAAAGAAGCCAAACGAUUGCAGAGGGCUUAUCUGAGAAGGCCAGGGAACAUGUUUCUGAGGAAGAAAAGGAAAAGGAUAAGAGUAAGCUUUGGGAAGGAAGCGCUGCUAAGGUGAAAGACGGAAAGGCAGGUCCUUGUAGGGUGGAGACAAGCGCUGGACAGAUAAUAGCGGAUGCCAUGGAACCUGGCCACCACUGCCACUCUGGCACCGAGUCUGGUGUUCACAGCACAGAUGAGGAAGAGAAGCACUCGGGGACGCCGGAGAUUGACACAGAUGCAGCACCAAAUAAGAAUUUAGUGGUGAAGGAAAGGGCAGCACUCAACUCAAACAAGGAAUCCAAGCAAGCUGCAUUAGAAACAUAUAUACCGGAGAAGAAGGAAGCGGUGGAGGAAGAUGAAGCUCCCCAACACAGGGAAGCUGACACAAUGGAAGAGCAAGGGGCUGCAGCGCUGCGGAGAGAGGCGGAGGGUCACCACGUUCCCUUAAGGCAGGGGACGCUAACUGCUGGGCUGCCAGCGCCAGUGGAACGGUUUGCCAAGGAAAGAGAGGCGCUUCCGGGCCCAGCUAGCAGGGCGGAGGCAGACGCAGCCGGGGCUAGAGGGCUGCAUAAAGCGGCGGUUAGCCCCUCGGGAAAGGCAGCAUCAGGAGGCUCGGGCGGUUGGGAUGAAGAUGAAACUCCCGGCGAGCUGGCCUUGCUGCACAACGCCCUGCAGACAGAGAAGGCAGCUUCUGAGGAGGAACGGGGCUCCGAGGAGGCGGCACUGACGGGCAGGGCGGCGGCCCUGAACUCAGAGCGCGCUGAGGCGGAGGCAGCGCCCAGGGCGGCAGUUGCCGCUGGGAAGGGCGAGGCCGAGCCGGGGGAGGCUGGGAGGCAGGCGGCGUCUGAAAGGCCGGGUGUGGAGCACAGUGUAGAGGAAGCAUCCACAGACCUAGAGGCCAUGGCAUCCGUGGAAGACGCAUCCAAGAGACAGGGUGGUUCAGGAGAGGCCAUACGUGGGGCGGAGGAACAGGCCCAAGAGAAGGAGGCAGCGACGGAAACGCCAACGCCUCGGAGGUCUUUGGCUUCUGUGAUGGCCGCGGCAGCCCCGGCGGGCGUACUGGGGGACAGGCUGCAAGGACUUUCUAGGGGAGACGGGGAAGGGGAGGGCGUUCAGACCGAGGCAGGGGCUCCUAAGGAAGGUGACAGGAAAGAAACAGCGUCCGAGGAAUUUGAUGCAGCGGCGGAGACGAGGAAAUCUGAGGGGCCGGAAGCCCCUUGCAGGGAAACGGAAUCCGCGGGAGAAGCGGGGCCAAGGGCGAAGGCCCUGCGGGAGGAGAGCAGGUCGGGCGCGGAGAACAAGUUUAGACGGGGAGGUGACGCAGCCCUGACGGAAGUAAGGCCCGAGGAAGAGGCGGAAGCCCCCCAGAAAGAAACGGUGGGUGAGGCUGCGGAUGAAGCUGAGGGCGCCGCUGACCUGGCCGAGGCCGCAGGGUCGCCAGGAGACGGAGCCGCGGCUGUGCUGGAGGCAGCACGUGGACUUGAAGAGUCAUUAGGAAACGAAGGAGGGGAAGGACGGCGAGAAGCAGGAGCCGCAGCGCCCAAAGGCAGAGCAGAGCGGCCGGGCAGCAGGGAGGCGGCCGCCUCGGCCCAGGACGAAGGGCUGGGCCCCGAGGGCGAGGGCGCCGCAGCGCCCGGGCGGGCUGAGCUGGCCACAGAGGCCCAGGACCACGGCGGCCGUGCAGGACCGGGAGGGAGGGGUAAGGAAGAGCCUUUACAAGGGCGACAAGGAGUGGGGGGCACAGUGAUGACCCUCGAAGAUGUUCCUGAGGGAGAUUCUGUGAUGGCAGAACAGUUGAGUGAAGAAGUGAUGGAAAAGGACCCAGAGAGGGAGGUGGAAGAGUGCACUGUGGGGGCAGGAGUGACGCGCACCAGGCUCACAGAGGAGGACCGGAGCGUGCAAGCAUUAGUAGCGUCUGAUGAAAACAUCCCCCAAGGAGAAGGAGAGGCAGAAAGGGCCGCAGAGGAGAGGGAGGCGUCGACAGAUUUGAAGACAGCUGAAGGGAAAACAAAACCAAAUAAAGCCUCCUCCUCUUCAGAUGUUGCUGGUGAGGAAACUUGGCACGAAGUGGAUGAGUUACUAGGAAAAGAGGCAGCUGCAGAGAAGGCAGCCGAGGGGGAAAUAGCGCUGAGCAGGGAGGAUGUGCCAGCGGCAGAGGCGGUGACACUGACUGGGGCACCAGAGGCUGAGGCGGGAGCUCUACAAGAACCUUCAGAGCUGGAAGGAAAGGCCCCGCAGCUGGGGCAGGAUGGGGAGGGGGGUGCCGCUGAAGCCACUCUGCAGGCAGAGGCCUUGGGAGAGGAGGGGAGCACGGGGGGCGGUGAUGGGGGUCAGGGGGCAGGCGCAGCUGAAGAAUUCAGCCCAGGAGUAUCCCAGGAAAGAGAAUCAGAGCCCAGUAGAGAGAGUCCACAGGACGUUGAAACACACCCUGGAGGGCCCGACUGCACUGGAAUCCAAGAGAAGCAAGAACAAACAGUGCAAAGGGAAAGUGAGAAUGCAGAUGUGUCCCCGAGCAACAUGGAGGCCGAAGAGACUUCGUGGCACACGAUAUUUUAAAGGUAUCUUCUGGAAGACUUCAACGGUGGAGGAAGACUCGCCAAAGCAUCUUGCUAGAACUUUAGAACUUUAGCCUUUUUUUUUAAAAUCACUGUGCUUGUCUGAGCUGGUAGACCAGUAAAUGACACUUCAGUCUGUCCAUGCUGGUGGGUGGUAGGUAGUGUGUGUGUACCUUGAGAAUAGCUGAAUAGAUCUGUAGGCCUCUCAAGAGGGGCUCUGUUUCCUAAUGGAGGACUGUGAGCCUGUUAACAUAUUCAACAUAGCUAACAUGUCUAUAUGCAAAUCAAACUGAUAGUUUUCAAAUGUUUGGUUUUUACUGAAGAUGACCUGAAAUGUCCAGUCCUGACAUCUGGGGUUUGUUUAAAUUUUUUUUAUUUUUAAUCAAAUAUUAGUCCCAGUUCCAUUCAUGAGAAUUUUUUUAAAAAUCUGUGGCUUGGGGCUUCAAUGACUUGGUUUAUACAAAUGAGCUCAAAAGGUCCUUCCAUGUACACUCAAUACUAAAGAUUUCUGUAGACCUCUAAGUCCUUCCAUAAAAGGAUUCCAUGGCAUGCAUACUCACUUACACUUAGAAAUAUUCAUUCUGUGUAUGCCAGAAGAGUAAUUUAAAGUGGGAAUCUUAUUUCAAAAUGCUCUUUGCUUCUUGUGUGUGUUUCUAUAUUUUUGCUUUCUGAGGUGGACUGGUAAAUGUUUGUGACAUUUCAUCUCUUGGUGACCAUUCAAAUUUAAGUCAAAGUAGCAAAUAAUUUAAAGUGGGAAUCUUAUUUCAAAAUGCUCUUUGCUUCUUGUGUGUGUUUCUAUAUUUUUGCUUUCUGAGGUGGACUGGUAAAUGUUUGUGACAUUUCAUCCCUUGGUGACCAUUCAAAUUUAAGUCAAAGUAGCAAAUAAUUUAUCUGAGUGAAAUGAGUAACAAUAAUUAUAACAGGCAAACAUUGUCCAUCAGCACAUAUACUUGCAUUUUAGACUCUAGACUCUUUGGUUGACAUCAUUCAAUGGAAAAGAAACUUGGAUUAAAUCAGUGUGCUGCUCACCUUCCUGGGUUCUGUUAUUUCAGAGUUGUGAACUACCCUUGCAGUGCACUGUAAAUCAACAGUCACCAUCACUUUCUAAAUCCCCCCCACCAUAUUACUAGAAAUAAAUGUGGAUCAUCAUGCCUCCCGGGUUUCAAUUUCCUUGAAGACAUUUUUGUUCAUAUACCGGUACCCCCAAGGGCACAAAUGUUUGGCCAUCUUUCCUCCUCAUGAGGAGGUGAAAGAAAAUUUCCUAAAGCAGUGGUUCUUCAGCUGGAUUACUAAUUAGACUCAUGGGGCACUUCGUGAAUGAGUCAACCACUGGUCCCAUCCCAGAGAUUCACAUUUAAUUAGUUUUAGAUGGGUGUAGGCAUCAGUAUAUGUAUAUUUUAAAUUCAGGUGAUUCUAUUCUCUAGCCAAAAUUGAAAACUACUACCCUAAAUCAUCAUAUAUUCCAUGCUGGCUGCUCUAUACUCUGUGUCCCUAAGUGCCAGGCAUAUUAUCUUUAUAAGUCUGUUUCAUUUUAAUAAAUAAAGGAAGGAGCCGUUCAUUGAUCAAAGAUAUAAAGGCUGAGUAGUUUCCAGAGGUGGUCCCUUGAUCAGGAUACCAACAUUACCUGGAACUGUUUCAAAUACUACUACCCACCCUCAUCUCAGACCUAUUAAAUUGGAAACUGUGGCUGGGGCCUAGCAAUUGGUGUUUUAACAAGCCCUCCAGGUAAUUCUGAUGUGCUUUAAAGUUUGAAACUGCUGUCAUGGACUAUUGAUUAUAUUGAGGAUUAGUCCCAGCUGGAAAAUUGAUUGCAGAAGCAUUGUGAGAUUCUCUGUCUCUGAUUCUCUCUCUUUCUCUCUUUUCCUGUCUCUCUGUCUCCCUCACUAUUUUUCUUUCUUUCUCUAGGAAAGAAUCACUCUGAAAGUGAUUGAUUCAACUCUAAUUUUUACUGUAACUGUAAUGUGUUUAUAAGUCUUUCAGCCCCACCCCCUGUUGAGGAUGAGCAUCACUAAUGGCACAUCCUAGAUCCGCAUUGUCUGUGUUCCUGUUAUGAGUGGAUUUCAUCUGUGUUGUUUCCAGUUUCACUUAUCACUGAGCUGCAUUACUGUGGAGCUCUACAGUAUUUGUUCCCUGAUCUCAACCCCAGUGUUACAGAGCACUUUGGAUACAGAGCACCUUACAGGAAGAAUUGUAAACUCCCUGAUUCCAUUGAAGAAUGAGUUUUGUACAAUGUGCUAAAUGGAAAUUGCAUUGGAUUAUUUUUAUAUUUAACACAUUCCAUCAAAACAUUCUGUAACAUAAUUCUACAAUCUGCAUGUGGGUUUAACUAUGAAAAUCAGUGUUGUGAUAUUUUGAUUAAAUGAAUUCUUUCUCUGAAAAUAAUAUGUUAAUAAAAUUAUUUCUCUGUUCAGUUGAA